AUGACCUCUUCUUUACUCCCAUUAUACAAACCUCUCCUACUCUCCCUCCUCAUUCUAAACACCCACAUCUCCCCAAUUCUAUCCUCAUACUCCUACAACAACAACAACUACAACUACAACCACUACCCUCCUUCAUCUCCUUCAAAAACUUCAAAAAAAAUCCUCAACCCCAUUGAUGCAUGUUGGGCUUCAAACCCUAAAUGGUCAUCAAACAGACAAGCCUUAGCCAACUGUGCUGUAGGCUUCGGCAAGUCUGCUCUUGGUGGCAAAUAUGGCAAGAUAUACAUCGUCACUGACCCUUCCGACGACGCUGUAAACCCAAAGCCGGGCACUCUCCGUUACGGUGCAAUCCAAACUCAACCUCUCUGGAUAAUUUUCUCGAAAAACAUGAUCAUAAGGUUGAAGAAUGAGCUCAUUGUGAAUAGUUUCAAGACCAUUGAUGGUAGAGGAGUUCAAGUGGAGAUUGGUUAUGGACCUUGUAUUACUAUUCAAGAUGUUAAUCAUGUCAUAAUUCAUGGUUUGGGGAUUCAUAAUUGUCAGCCUGGGAAGCCUGGUUUGGUUCGGAGCUCGCCGGAGCAUGUCGGCCGGCGAGGUGGCUCCGACGGUGAUGCUAUUUCCAUCUUUGCUUCUUCUAAUGUUUGGAUUGAUCACUGUAGUCUCUCUAAUGCUUAUGAUGGUCUCAUUGAUGUCAUUCAUGGCUCUACUGCUCUUACCAUUUCAAACAACUUCUUUUUUAAUCAUGAUAAGGUGAUGUUGUUUGGGCAUAUGGAUGGAUUUGUGGCGGAUAAGAAGAUGAAGGUGACGGUGGCUUUCAAUCAUUUUGCACAUGAUUUGAUACAAAGAAUGCCAAGGGUAAGGAAUGGUUAUACACACGUGGCAAACAAUAGGUAUGAUAAAUGGGAGAUGUAUGCCAUUGGAGGCAGUGCUGAUCCUACCAUCUUGAGUGAAGGAAAUUACUACGUUGCCCCUGAUAACCCUGCUUUGAAACAGGUGACAAAGAGGGAAGCAGGAGGAUGGAAAAACUGGAAGUGGAGAUCAACGAAGGACUAUUUUUUAAAUGGUGCUUACUUUGUGCAAUCAGGAUGGGGAAAUUGUACUCCUGGUUAUUUACCUUCUCAAAAAUUUACUACUUUCGAUGGAAAAAUGGUGCCAUUUUUAACUGCAAAUGCAGGUGCUCUCAAAUAUUGUUACAUUGGAAAACCAUGCAUAGCUUGA